AUGAUUAUAAAUAGUAUAAGAUUAAAAAAGAUUGCAAUUGAAUGGCGUUUAGAUACUAUGUUAAAGUCAACAGAAUCUUCUAUAACAAAUUCAAAAACGAAUGCUAAAUUAUACGCUGAAUGUUUAGAAGCAUAUAUUGGAGGUUAUUAUUUUGACUUGUAUGAAAAAUAUGGAGAAAUCGAGGCUGAUUCAAGAAUAAGAAAUUUUUGUAUUGAUUUAAUCGAACCUGCAAUUGAGCCUAUAUUUAAAUUGUGGAGAAGUCUGGAGACAGAGAUCCAGAAUAUUCAUGCUAGGGGAGGAGAACAACAAAAAGCGGUUGAGAUGUUGCAAAUGUUGCCAACGCUUCUGGCUUCAAAUUCCACGGCACAUCAAGUGACCAUGGAAGGUGCUGAAUCAUGA